GUAGAAGGAGUGAGGUUGAAGCGGGCAGCGAGCGUCGCUGCGUACUUCGAAGCGGUGAGGUGAAUAGACGUCGUGACUGCUUCCGUUUGAUGCCGAGUGUCUGGAGGUAGUCUGUGAAAGCGUUGCUCGUGUACUCCCCUGCGCCAUCACUCUGGAAUUCUUGCAGUUUUGCUCAAGACUCUCUUUCAGCGACGGCGAGCCAUGCGACGAAGACUGAAUGGGCGAGAUGUCGAGCAGGAAGGUUUGCUGUCCAAACAUAUCGAGUAGAUGCUUCGAUGAAGGUAAUCACGUACAGCUCUUCUUUAGGUCCUGCUUCAGGUAAGUUAAGAAUAUCGCUGUAGACCUUCUGCAUCAGUUUGUAACGAGUGGAGCCAGGAAAAUGACUCGAAAACGGGUCGUGGGUAAGAUUGGUGACCGGACACGUGGUGCAGACCGUUGGGCGAGACUGCGGUUUCAUCUCCGUGCCGUCAGAUAAAAGUCGGCGUUAGUAUAAAAUGAAGAAAUGAUGAAAGGAGAAAGAGCUGGAGACAUGUCAAUCUCCCCUUCGACGAAACGGUUUGAUGGCAGAUGGUCCUGCGACAGCUACUGGAAGACUCGGCUGCUCGGCGACUUCUUCUUUCACGGCUUCCUCGACGACUUCGGGUUCAUCAGCUGCAAGUCCACUGAUUUCUCCCCAAAGUGGAGCUGGAGUUCCUUGGAAGGCUGCACGGGUGUUAUAGAAGGUUCGCCAAGCAUUGGCGCCUUCAUCGGCGGUAUUAAACUCCCAAGUAUCCAGUGCGGGACCGAGACCAAGGACGCGUUCAGAAUCACCAGAGGUGCCCUGUGCUGUGAACUGAAGAACUGAUACUCCAUGUUGAGUAGCAGCGCGACCGAGGAGUUGAGCUGUGGAGAGAAGAUUGAAACCAAGGCUG